GGCGCACCACAUGCUGGAAGCUCCAGCUCCCUCCUUCCUGUUGAUGUUCUUUGGCCGGGAGGGAGGGAUCCGACCCACAUCCUGGGGAAAGGCAUGGUCAGGCAGAUCCUUUGCAGUAAAAACAGUCUGUGUCCCUUUGUGCUCAAGAACAUGGAGUUCUAUGUCUAGCUUUGCAGCAUCCUUUAAAAAACUGAAAUUUACACCCUGACGUCUUUGUACAGUUAAAAGAACUUGCCACGAUAGAUAAAAAAGCAUCAUUUCGAUAUGGAGGAAGAUAUUAAACCUCUUAUCAUCCCUGUUGGAGGUGAUGAAAAUGACGUUGGAGUCCUGAACAUUCAGUUUAACCCAGAGGACUUGAAGUGCAAAAGGCCGUUUCACAUAGAACCUACAAAUAUUGUUAAUGUGAAUGAUGACAUGCAGAGGGUUACAGCAGAAGCUUCGGCAAUGAAUAAACGGAUACACUACUACAGUAGGCUUUCUUCACCUUCAGACAGAGCACUGGUGGCUCCUGAUCAUGUCCUUCCUGCUGCAGAAGAAAUCUAUGUAUAUAGUCCAUUGGGAACGGCUUUCAAAGUAGACAGCUGUGCUGACGGCUCUGGCAAAAACUCCAGCCUUAUAACAAUAUUUAUGAUCUGGAAUACCAUGAUGGGUACAUCUAUAUUAAGUAUUCCCUGGGGAAUAAAGCAGGCAGGGUUUACCACUGGAAUCAUUAUUAUUCUGCUAAUGGGCAUAUUGACGCUUUACUGCUGCUACAGAGUUGUGAAAUCAAGGACAAUGAUACCCUCAAUAGAUACCUCAACUUGGGAAUUCCCAGAUGUUUGCAAGUAUUAUUUUGGAUCUUUUGGACAAUGGUCUAGUCUUUUAUUUUCACUGGUGUCUCUUAUUGGAGCCAUGGUGGUUUACUGGGUGCUCAUGUCCAAUUUCCUUUUCAACACGGGAAAGUUUAUUUAUAAUUAUGUUCAUGAUAUUAACAUAACAGACAUUGUUCCUGGAACAAAUGGGAGCAAUCGAGUAAUAUGUCCAAAUGAUGCUGGCCAGGAAAUUCCAGGAAACAGAACUUCUCUCCUUCUUUCUACUGGUGAUGCAGGAUUUGAGGAAUUUGAAGAGUGGUGGAGCAAAUCGAAAACAGUCCCAUUUUACCUGAUUAUCAUUCUUCUAUUAUUGAAUUUUAAGUCUCCAUCUUUCUUUGCCAAAUUUAACAUCUUAGGUACUGUUUCAGUCGUUUACCUCGUCAUCCUUGUUACUGUAAAGGCGGCACACUUGGGAUUUCAUUUAGAAUUUGACUGGUCUCAAACAAGUGAAUAUUUUGUGCCAGAAUUCAGACUUCGAUUUCCUCAGCUUACAGGGGUGCUGACCCUGGCCUUCUUUAUUCAUAAUUGUAUCAUUACAUUGCUAAAGAAUAACAAGAACCAGGAGAACAAUGUCAGAGAUCUCUCCAUUGCCUAUUUCCUGGUGGGCAUAACAUAUCUGUAUGUUGGGGUGCUCAUCUUUGCUGCUUUCCCAUCUCCACCAUUGAGCAAAGAGUGCAUAGAACAGAAUUUUUUAGACAAUUUCCCCAGCAAUGACAUCAUGUCAUUUCUUGCAAGAAUCUUCCUGCUGUUCCAGAUGAUCACUGUGUAUCCACUGCUGGGUUAUUUGGCACGAGUGCAGCUUUUAGGACAUAUCUUUGGAAAUGUUUACCCAAGCUUUUUACAUGUGUUCAUAUUGAACCUAGCCAUAGUAGGAGUUGGCAUUGUGAUGGCCAGAUUCUAUCCAAACAUCGGAGGAAUCAUAAGAUAUUCCGGAGCAACUUGUGGCUUGGCAUUUGUGUUUGUGUAUCCUUCCCUCAUCUACAUUAUCUCUUUGCGUCGGGAAGGUCGGCUGACUUGGUUGGGACUGGCUAUUCACGUUUUUAUAAUCCUCCUAGGAGUGGCUAACCUGGUUGCACAGUUCCUAAUGUGAAUCAAUCUUGCUUUGUGAGAGGUACUGGAGUUGCAAAAGAGUACAUUGAGCAACUGUACUCGUAAAGCGGUUGUUUGCCCAUCCGUUGAUGUUAACUUGUCCCAAAGAAUGCCUACAUUUUAAAACAACAGUAACAGACUUUUCAGAAAUGGAUGAUGUAGAAUGGAACAUGGUACACUGUGGCAAACCGAACAAGCAUUAACCUAAAAUUCUUUCUUAAAAUGAUUGUCAUGUGGAAAAAGCCACCUAAGAAUUUUUUUAUACAUAGACAAGUUGGGUUUCAGGUCAAUAAUAAGCUGUAUGACUUUUUUGUAGCAUAAAUUAAGAGAGUUUAUUGAUUUUAUGUUUCUACAUGUGUUUUAGAAUACACUCUAAUGCAGUAGUUCUCAACCUGUGGGUCUCCAGAUGUUUUGGCCUUCAAUUCCCAGAAAUCCUUACCGCUGGUAAACUAUUUGGGAUUUUUGGGAGUUGUAGACCCAAAACACCUGGGGACCAACAGGUUGAGAACCACUGCUCUAGUGGUAUAUUGAAAGAAGUAUACUUACGGUUGAAAUGUAACACAGAUUAAAUCACAGUACAUUAGUAAUUUUUUAAAAAAUUGUUCUGCCACGACUCAGAAAAUGUGCUUUACUUUUUUUAAAAACGUGACUUAUGGGAUUCUUUUUUGAUGGGAUGCUGGUAUAGAGGAUGGUGUAAGAAUAUUUCACCCACCCUACUUGGAUGACAUGUGAAAGAUACAGAAAUUACUUGAGAAACAAUAAUAUUUCUGCCUUGCAUGGCAAUUUGAAAUAAUGAAACACUGGAUAUUAAAAUGUCAAUAUUUUCAAAGGGAAAAUGCCCCUAUUGAAUGGCAAUGGCCUGUUACUUCUGGCACAUAUUGCUAUGAAACAAUUCAUAUAUGUGGAGGCACAAUUAAAAGUAUUGCUGUGGUUUUUCAAGUCUGGGCUGAGCAAUAAAUUCUGUGCCUGUUUUAUGCCAUGAUAAGAGGUUGCCACUGUACCUGUAUAGCAGUCAUUAGAUCUUUUAUGCACUCCCAACAAGGAAGAAAGGGAAAUAAUAAACAAAUUAAAAUGCAAAUGUAAUGUCUUAUCUUCAAGAAGACUAUGAAGCAGGUUCCCAUAUUGAUGAUAUUACGAAACAGCAGGGAUGAGUUAGGUUAUGCAGCAAGAGCAUUGUGGAUGACGCUUAACCAGCUCAAAGGUUUCAGCCUAUUAGAUACUAUCCAGGUGCACUCAAAGGAAAUCAGCUUUAAAGAGAGAUUACACCCUACAUCCCACAAUAAAAACACGCCCUCCAUCCCUAGAAUUGCUGCCAUUGGGCAAACACUGUGCAGUGAAUGUUGAGUUCAGAGGCAGCAUGUUGAGUUAGCCCUCUGCUUACAUCACAACAGUAUGCUGGCAAAGUAAAACUGAAUUCAAAUUCUAGGUCAGAGGCAAAACAAAGGAAACACACACCACGGAAUAGCUUCCUCGCCAUAGCAGCGGGCAUCAGUUGCCCAGGAAAGGAGGCAUGUGUGUUUCCACCUUGACCCAACAUCCACUCAUAGGUGGUAGAAGCUGCAUGUGUAAUCUGGACCAGCUCAUGUUUUAUGGAGGCCCAUGGGGACCACACACAAAUAGAAGGUGGAAUCCCCCAAUAAUAGGAGGGGGAAAGGCUUUGAGUACAUGUAAAUGAAGCAAGAACAUUGCAUAGACCAACAGUUUGGGCUUUUCAUGGGUCAUCCGGUGCUGAUGUCCUUUCCCCACCAACCAAUCCACCCCCUCCCACGUUUCUGCUUAGGCCAGCCGUACUGUGUGGUUUAUCAGCAAAUUUAGUAUCCCACCACCACUUCUCAUUCUCUCUCUCUCCUUCAAACUCGACUCAUACAUAGAAUCAUAGAGUUGGAAAAGACCUUGAGGGCCAUCCAGUCCAACCCCCUGCCAAGAAGCAGGAAAAUCACAUUCAAGGAACGUAGCAGCCCCUCUAUAUACACUAAGAAACAUUUCCCUUCGCAGUCCAGGGAAGCAGAGAGGAAAGAUCACUGGCUUUAAGCCCCUCAGGUUCAUACAUCUCUGUACACUGCUCCUUAUAUUUCCAUCCCAACAGCAGUUGAAUGCAGGGUGGAUCACUGCUUCCAAAACAAUCUCUCUGCAACAGAGGUAGACAAACUUGUGUUGCCUCGCAGCAGUUUUCGAUUACCAAAUUAUUCCAUCUCUGAUCAAACUAACAAGAUGCUUGGGGUUUAUGCAAAUUAUGAUCUGAAGGGAACCAGGUUGCCAACCUCUUUCAUGCAGAUUGACUGGUUCUUCGAUGGUGUGUGGCAGGGAGUGGCCACUUGACAUUUUAACCUGGGAAGCCAAGGAAGAGGAUCUACUGGUCUUUGCUCAUACUCUUUGCCACACUGGAAUGAUUGGUUGUGAUCACAUAUCUGCCAGAAAUGGUGAUGGCCACUACCCGAAACUGCUUUAAAGAGAGACUAAUAAAAUUCAGGUAGGAAAAGAAAUCUAUCAAAUGCAAUGAAUGGCUAGAUACCACAUUCAGGGAUAGUCUACUGCUCAAUUAGAGGACUAUUCAUGGUUGUUUGGUCUGAUCCAAUAACCCUAUUAUUUCAAUCACAUGGCAGAAACAAGUAAUAGAGACAGCUUUCUGCAACUCAGUUGCCUCUCAUGUCAGCCAAACAGCCCAUAAGGAUCACAGGCUCAUACUGAAUACCACUAAGAGGUGUAGCAUAAGCAACAGUAAGUUGUAUAGAAUCAUGCAGUUGUGUCCAAUCCCCACUCAGUGCAGGGUCUCCAGCAGGUAGGUGGGCCUUGUGGGCCUUCCAGUCCAGCCUCCUGCCAAGAAGCAGGAAUUGCGUUCAAAGCACUCCAGACAGAUGGCUAACCAACCUCUGUUUAAAAGCCUCCUAAGAAGGAGCCUUCACCACACUCUGGGGCAGAGAGUUCCACUGCUGAACAGCUCUCACAGUGAGGAAGUUCUUCCUAAUGUUUAGGUGGAAUCUCCUUUCCUGUAGUUUGAAGCCAUUGUUCCACAUCAGGGCAGCAGAAAACAAACUUGCUCCCUCCUCUCUAUGACUUCCUCUCAUAUAUUUAUACAUGGCCAUCAUGUCUACUCUCAGCCUUCUCUUCAUCAAGCCAAACAGGCCUUCAACCUCUCCUCAUGUUUUGCUCUCCAUAUCUCAUCUCCAUUGCCCUUUUCUGAACUUGCUCCAACGUGUCCAUAGCCAGCUUAAGAUUAAGCACCCGGAACUGAAUGCAAUACUCCAAAUGAGGCCUUACUAUGUAGAACAUAGUAGGACUAUUACUUCUCUCCUAUACUAUUAAUGUAGACUAAAAUAGCAAUCGCCCUUUUUCUCCUUUUUGGGCUGGCUCAUGUUCAAUUUUGGAGCCCUCAGUGGCACAGCGGGUUAAACUACUGAGCUGCAGAACUUGCUGACCAAAAGGUCGGCAGUUUGAAUCUGGGGCUACCAGUGGGUGAGCUCCCACUGGUAGCCCCAGAUUCUGCCAACCUAGCAGUUCAAAAACAUGUAAAAGUGAGUACGUCAAUAGGUACCGCUCUGGUGGGAAAGUAAUGAUGCUCCAUGCAAUCAUGCUGGCCACAUGACCUGGGAGACAUCUAUGGACAGCGCCAGCUCUUCGACUUAGAAAUGGAGAUGAGCACCAACCCCCAGAGUCAGACAUGACUAGACUUAAUGUCAAGGGGAAACCUUUACUUUUUACCAUGUUCAAUUUAUAGUAGGGCCGUUUUCAUGUAGUACUGUUAAAACACCUGUCCCUUGUCUAUUUUCUAGUGUAGGCCAACCACCCACCAAAGCCAUCUCAUAAAUGGAAUACAGAUUGGAAUGGAUUCAUACAGUCUCCUCAAUCCAAUAGAGCUGUGAUGCACUUUAGAUAAAAAGGACUCUGCUGAGCAGAUGCCGCCUUGUUUGUUUCAAUGAAAUUUACACUGCCAUAGUAUUCUGUAAAUCAGUAUAUCUCUCUGCUAGACUGAAUAUUCAUAUGAUGUAUUUUCAUCAGAGUUGCACUUUGAAAGGAGUGUGUACCAUUGUUAAACACUUGUUGCAACUUGAUAGCAUUCUUGGACACCCAGCCAUGGGUUCCUUCCUGUGUAAUUUCUCAAUCUGGAUCUUUCCCAAGAUUGGGAAACUGAUCCUGUCACUCUCCUGCUCCCUAUCUGGAUUGCCUAUUUAAAAACUGUUCUCAGUUGACACUGGUGCCAGAAGCUGCCAGAAUUGUAAGCAAUAUGUCUCACUGCUACUAUGCACAGAGCAUUGCACUAAAAUUCCCUUGUUCAGAUAUUGACACCAUCCUGAGGGACUAGUUACUGCAACAUGGGGCUUAAACAAGCAGCUUCCUUCUCUUCCAGUUACCAUGGAGCUUUUAAACCAAAGCAGGGGUUAAUUAGUGAGAUUAGUGUCUGCCCUUGUGUAAUUGACUAAUCUAGGAUUCUCAUGCAGUGCCAGCCAUUGGAGACAAGCUGUCUAGUGCCACUGGCAUUUGGUUCCUUGGGUUGACUUUGGUGUUUCUUUGUAAAAUGUAGCUUUUUAUGAAACAUGAAAUGAGAAUGUGGAAAAAUAAACUGUAAAGAAGAAGAAGAAGAGAGAAAACAAAUACUGGUGCUAUUUUUAUGUUUUAAAACUGUACUUUUAUCUUGCACUCGCAAUAUGCUUUAGAUUUUUGACACUUCAGAGUGAAAGAUGCACAAACUCUAGCCUUUGCCACACUGUCAUUUAUUUAGAAAUGUGUAUGCCAAGGGCAUUGAUAGCUGGCUCGUUACUUGUAUUUUGCAGCUGUUGGAAUCUAUAUAUUUUAUAUGUAUUUUAAAAAGCUUUGUUUAGUAAACAAUGGGAAAUUAUUGGUGUUGUCUAUGUGGAUUCCAUUGGCAAAUUCUAGUUAAACACUAUGAGAUGCUACAUGUUUUAGAAUUUGCUCUUCCUCUUUCUACAUAGGUUAGUAGUUAAAAUCUUGUUUUAUAAACUUUUUAAUGAUGAAAUGUUAUUUUGAUAACAAGGCGAAAUAAAAUACAUAACCCAGAAAA